UGACAAAUUUGGAACUCACAGCCUGAAUCAGAGAGCAGCAGAGACAGAGAGAGAGAGAGAGAGAGAAAUGAGCUUGGCAUCAACAGCAGGGUACGCAGCUCGGAGAGCAGCACAGAGGGAGAGGGUUCGGAUCCUCUACAGGCGAGCCCUCAAGGACACUCUCAACUGGGCCGUUCAUCGCCAUCUCUUCUAUCAAGAUGCUUCGGAGCUCCGAGAACGUUUCGAAGUCCACAAACACGUGGAAGACCCUGACACAAUUGAUAGAAUGAUAGAAGAUGGUGAAGCACAGUACAAUAAGUGGCGACACCCUGAUCCUUACAUUGUCCCUUGGGCUCCUGGUGGUUCCAAGUUCACUCGAAAUCCAACUCCUCCAUCUGGGAUUGAGAUAGUAUACAACUUUGGUCGGGAAGAUCAUCUAGAAAAUUAGAACCUGCAUCCUUUUUUCAGCAAUAAAUAAAGAUUGAGAUUAUCAAUGAUGAUGAUGAUGAUCAAUGCUGGUAUCUUUGAUGUAUUUCUAUUUGAUGCCAAAUGGAGUCUUUGAACCUUGUAUGCUUUGAGAUGUUCAGUUGAUCAUUAAUGUGUAUUUGGUUUUCCAUUGAAAUGGAUUGUUGAAAGAACCAAAAUGCUAGCUUAACAUGCUACAUAAUUUCAAGUUCAAUUCUGUCCAA